ACUUGGGUGGCUGGGGCCGCGGUGUACUCCGCUACACCGGUGUUGUGCUACGCCGGUCACAGCGGUCCGGCAGUCGAGUCACUGUCCUCCGUGUCAGCGUAUCGAGUCAUCGUCUGUCGCCGUCCGUCUGAGUUUUGGUCAACGAAAAUCCUAAAGAAAAUAGCGCAACAGUACGUCCGACACGAUAAUAAUAAUGGCUACUGAAAUAACAACAGUUGAUAGCCAAGAAUAUAAAUUCAAUCCUUUGAAUUUUGGCUCCUUACAUUUUACUGUCAAAGCAUCAAACGAUGCUCAUAUUGCAUUAACUGCUACUGCAGAUAACAAGCCGCCUAAAUAUGAGAUAUUCCUUGGUGGUUGGGGUAAUACAAAAUCUUCUAUACGCAAAAACAAUGAAGAGCCAGACAAGGUUAUUGUUGAUACUCCAAAAAUAUUAAAUGGUGGUGAAGCCAGAGGAUUUUGGAUCAAAUGGGGAGGUGGUUUUAUUGGUGUAGGAAAACAAGGAGAAGAAAAACCAUUUAUGUCAUGGCAAGAUGAAGAAUCUUUAAAUGUGUUGUUUUAUGGUGUUCGUAGUGGAUGGGGAGCUACAGGUGUAUGGACUAUUGAAGAUAAUAUUUACAUAAACACUGAAGAUAGCAAGGAGUUCAUAUUUAGAGCUAUAUUUCAUGGAUCAAUAAGUUUUUCGGUAGAUAGUGCCAAUGAUGCACAUAUUGUCUUAGCAACUAAAAAUAAAGAAUCUGAACCUAUGAUAGAGGUAUUACUUGGUGGCUGGAAGAAUACAGCAUCUGCCAUUCGUUACAACAAACAAACACCAGAUAAGGUGCACGUUGACACUCCUCAACUUCUAUGUAAAGACACUCCAAAGAAAUUUGUCAUAUUUUGGAGAGAUGGUGUUUAUGAAGUGUUUAGUGAAAAAACUAAACUAUUUGAAUGGAAAGAUUCAAAUCCAUUUAUUAUUUCUCAUUAUGGAGUUCGCACUUGUUGGGGGGCUGUUGGUAAUUGGCACAUUCAUGGUGCAGCAGAUGUUCAAUUUAAAAGCCAAAUAGUUGCUACCCCAAAACCAAAACCUUUAAAAGGAAAAGCUCCGCCUGCAGCUACACCUGGUUGGAACAUCGAUGGAGUUUCUUCUGGUCCAGUUCAUUGGGUUCAUGCUAGUAAUGGGCAAAUACCACCAAAUGCUUUACCUGGUGGUUUUGAUGCUACCAAUGAACAACUAUAUGUUGCCAGAGCUGAACAUAAUGGUGCUCUGAUUCCUGGUAAACUUGUUCCCUCACACGGUGUUGUCUAUAUACCUUGGGGUGGUGUUGAAAAUCCUAAAGAAAACUAUGAAGUACUUUGCAACUGUAAUGGUACAUGGGUGAAAGCCAACAAUGGAGAAAUUCCUGUAGGAGCAUUAUCUUCGGGUCAUACAGAAGAUGGUGAACCAUUAUUUGUUGGACGUGGUGAACUUAAUGGUUCUUUAACUGUUGGAAAGGUUCAACCUAGUCACAGUGUUUGUUAUGUACCGUUUGGCGGUGAAGAAGUACCUCUGAAUGAUUAUGAAGUGUUGGUGGCUUAAAGCUAUCAAAAUUAACCAAAGAUGAAAGAAGUAUUAAAGAUUUGAAGAACGGCAUCAUGUUGAAUUUAUUGGAACUUAAGAAUUUUUUUAACGCUUUAUUUAUACUUACAUUAUUUACAAUUUUUUGAAAACAUUAAAUAUACGGCAUUAACAUUAUA